UGAUCCCCGCUCGUGAGCCGGAGUGAUGACCCUUCACCCUUCGAGCUGAGGUGCGAUGGCGCGCACUGCGGGUGCCGUCUGCUUGUUCACGGUUCAUUUGUUUUCCUGCAUUAUUGUUUGUCGUCAAGACAGUGGUAAUAAUCGGCCUCGAGAUCAGAGCACGGUUUCUGAAUCGUCAAGAAGAUUUCGGACAGAGUUCUUAGAGGAUUGGCCUCAAGCCCCUGGCGCACCAUACUUCGAUCCCAGUACUCCGGACAACGUCACGGGACUUGUGGGACAUCCUGUGACUCUUUUGUGUAAAGUAAAGAAUCUUCAGAAUAGAACGGUAUCAUGGGUGAGGCAUCGAGAUAUCCAUUUGCUGACUGUGGGACGAUAUACUUACACGUCGGAUCAGCGCUUCGAGGCGCAGCACAAGCCGCGCUCCGAGGAGUGGGCGCUUCGAAUCCGCAGUCCACAGCGACGCGACUCCGGCCAGUACGAGUGUCAGAUCUCGACCACACCACCAAUCGGACAUGCUGUCUUCCUCAAUAUUGUGGAACCCGAGACAGAAGUAUUAGGUGGACCAGAUAUAUUUAUUUACGCUGGUUCCACUAUAAACCUCACUUGCAUUGUUCGGCACACUCCAGAACCUCCAAGUACAAUUAACUGGUCACAUCGAGGGAAGACGAUAAACUUCGACUCGACCCGCGGAGGGAUAUCGUUGGUGACCGAGAAAGGUGUUCAUAGUAGCAGCCGACUAUUAGUACAAGCUGCCCGCACGACCGACGCAGGCGCGUAUCAAUGCGCACCAGACAACGCACAGUCAGCUACUGCAAGAGUUCAUGUGCUUACGGGAGAAAGUCCGGCGGCGAUGCAGGGCAGUGCUCACUGGGCGGACAGAUUCCGGCUACCGACACUCGUCUUCUUUGCAACCAUCGUAUACCUAACAAUAUUGAUACCCUGAAACGAUUUAGAAUUAAAAUUGACUAUGUGCGUGUCAAGCAAUUUCCUAAUUUACGAACAGAAUUAAAAAUAAGACGAAUUUUGGAAUGUGCUUUAUGCAAUAGAAAUUUGUUGUGCGUUUAUAAAAGUUUUUUUUAUUGCCCUACAUUCGGUCAAACGAGCUCACGGGUCUCCUGGCGUGGUUACAAGAGCCAAGAACAUUACAACUUAAUUGCCCAUUCUGAGAUACGAGGUUGAAGUCACAACUUUUUUUUUUAUAACAACCUCUUCCUUCCUUUCAAAUUAGAAAACAACGAUCUAUAAUUUUUUUAAUGUACGUGCGAAAAAAUUUAAUUUUUAAGAAAUUUGUUGAUAUUGCGUUGAAUUAGUAAUCGUGUUGUGUUUCAAAAAUUUAUGUAAAUAAAUCGAUUUAAUUAGAUGUGUGACAUCGAGACUGUUAUUUGUUAAUAUGUUUAGUUAUUUAAAAACUAGUAGCCUAGACUGUUGUAAAUUAAUUAUUACCCUUAAUAUGCAAAAUCAAAUUCACGAUGAAUAAGCGCUAUUAUUUAUCAGGAUCUUUACUUUCGUGUUUGAAUACGUUCCCGAUAUUUCGGCGCUGUUGCAAGUGCCAUUAUCUUUGGUAAAUAGGUAAAUAAUAGUGUUUAUAACAUAAAUAGGUGCGUAAGUUUAAAAACAAUUAGUAACGAUAAAUAAAAAAAAACUUCUCUAAAAUCUAGUGUUAUCUCCAUUUAAUUUUGAUAAAACUGUUUCCUCUUUGUGAAGUUGCUGUAAUGAUUGUAAAUAGUAGCAUAAGCAGAGCGAGUUAGGUUUGCGUCUCACAAAGCCUGGGCAAAACCAGUGCCAACGUCGCAUAGAGAUAUCCUUAUAUCAGGGUAAGUUUGUAAGUUAAGUUAAAUUAAUGUGAAUUCAAUCAUUCCGUGUGUAAUUAACAGUUGUAGUAGAAUAUUAUAGACGUAUUAUUGACUUUAAAAUAAAACGUUGGAAUAAAUU